AUGUCCAACAGUCUGGAAGCAAAGAUCGUGGUCCUCGGUAGCCAAGGAGUUGGAAAAACUUCUCUCGUCCACCGAUAUGUCAAAAACGCUUUUACGCCUCCCACGACACAGUCCACCGUGGGUGCUUCCUUCUUGACAAAGAGGGUUGUGGAUAUCGACACCUCCACCGUGGUUCGGUUACAGAUAUGGGAUACCGCAGGCCAGGAGCGCUUCCGGUCCAUAUCCAAGCUGUAUUAUAGGGGCGCAAAUGCUGCAGUACUAUGUUACGACAUCACCGAUCCAUAUUCGUUCGAGGAGAUGGGCCGCUGGUUCAAGGAACUCAAGACAAACCUUGGAGAGGACGUGAUCCUCCAUGUGGUAGGAACGAAGUCAGACGUCGUAGCCGAAGACCCUACCAAGCGAAAAGUGCCCUUUGAGCGCUGCAUCGAAUACGUCGCCGAGAACCUCCACCCCACACAGAACGGACAACCACACAGUGCUGCAGCAAGCGGCUGGGGCUCUGUACCGGCAGCCUUCCACAGCGGUAUGGCGUCACCACAGAGCAACCGAUCGAGCGGCUUCUGGGGACAAGACUUGGGCUGGGACUGCUGCCACGAGAUCAGCGCCAAAGAUGGCGAGGGUGUAGACGAAGUCUUUCGCGUCAUCACUCGCAAGCUGGUGGAACAGCAGCAGAAGAAGCUCGAGGAAGAACAACGGCAGUACGCCAUGGCUGGUGUCACCCCUGCCAUGGACAACAACGGCAAUGUGGCUGGCUACUUCGAUUACCCUGGAACGGGUAACGGAAGCUUCCGCUUAGGCACAGGUGACAAAAGGCGGAGCUGGCUGGGCUUCCCUACUACACCCAACGUCGCUGGACAUCAGCAAGAUUGGGAAGAAGACAUCAAUCGGGCGCAGAAGAGCAAGAGUGGCAGGUGUUGUUAA